CCCGGCGGCGCGGCCCGCCCCGCCCGCCCGCCGCUCGACAUGGCCGCCGCGCUGGGGAGGCUGCUCCGCGCCGCGGUGCCCGUGGCUGCCGCCGCCGCCAGGAGGGGACCGGCACGGCCCUCGGCCUGCGCCCGCCGUGCCUUCAGCCUCGGCUCCUCGCGGCUCGCUGUGGCGGUGACCCAGCAGGCCCCGCACUUCAAGGGAACGGCCGUCGUUAACGGAGAGUUCAAGGAGCUGAGCCUAGAUGAUUUCAAGGGGAAAUACCUGGUUCUCUUCUUCUACCCCCUGGACUUCACCUUUGUCUGCCCCACGGAAAUUGUGGCUUUCAGCGACAAGGCAAAGGAAUUUCGUGAUGUGAACUGUGAAGUGGUGGCAGUUUCAGUGGACUCUCAUUUCAGUCAUCUGGCCUGGAUAAACACACCACGAAAGAGCGGCGGUUUGGGCAAGAUGAAUAUUCCAGUUCUGUCGGACCUCACGAAACAGAUCUCCCGGGAUUACGGGGUGCUGCUGGAAGGACCUGGCAUAGCCCUGAGAGGUCUGUUCAUCAUCGACCCCAGCGGGCUGGUGAAGCACCUGAGCAUCAACGACCUGCCCGUGGGGCGCAGCGUGGAGGAGACGCUGCGCCUGGUGAAGGCCUUCCAGUUCGUGGAGACGCACGGAGAGGUGUGCCCGGCCAACUGGACCCCAGACUCCCCCACGAUCAAACCAAGCCCAGAAGGUUCUAAAGAAUAUUUUGAAAAAGUGCAUAAAUAAACACUCAAAUAUGUGGACAAAACUCUUAAUUUUGCUCACUGAAGACAUUAGGAAAACAGCGAUGAUUGUAAAAGUUAAUAAUAAAAAUAAAAGCUCUCAUUUUCUUGUGUUUAAGAAGAAAUUAAAUGCUGAAAUAUU